AUGGUCGAGCCCGACAACAUCCGUACGGCCUCGCUGUACAUCAACAACCAGCUGCUGUCCCGCGGCCUCCUGCGCGAUGGCCAGAGCAUCGACUUUGCCAACCCGGAGGCCGGUGCGGGGUUGCAGGCAACCAUGGGGAGGAUCAUGAGCGUCGUCAAUGACUUGAUUCUCCGGCGUGACCGCGAUGCCGCCCAGCGCGAAUCCCUCAGCAACACCCUACUAUCCCUCCGCGCCGACGCGCAGCGACAUACCACCGAGAACACGCGGCUGUUGGAGAAAGUCGCCGAAACACAGCGGAAGGUGGACGGCGCCGACGCCACCGAGCGCGCUCUACGUCUACAGCUCAAGUCCACCGAGUCAACAGUGCACAAGCUCAAAGAUGAGAUGGCCAAGAUGAAGACACUGGUUGCCCAGAGCCGGGCCGCCUGCGCCAACGAGGUCCGGAAGCGAGACCGACAAAUCGACAACCUGAAGAAGGCUGUGGUAGAUGCCGGACGAACCCGCGGAGGCGGCAAGAACCGCGACGUCGUGACUAUCACGGUCGUGGGCGACACUGGCGCCGAAUACAGAGAGGAAGGCGUUGCCAAGGGCGGCACCGACGACGAGGGGUACAGUCUGCGGAUGGAAACCAACGAGUUCCUCACUGAGCUGGCCAAGAGCUUGAGUGAGGAGAAUUCAACCCUCAUCGAUCUCGCACGGCGGACCGCAAACAACCUGCGUGAGAUGAGUGGCUUAGAGAAGCUACUAGACGAGGGCAUGAAACCACCCAUCGCAAGUGCGGACGGUCUUCCUCCACCGCAGAAGAGCGCGGAUGAACUGGUCCACGAAAUGUCGGUCAUCAUGGAGCAUCUUAGGACGAUUCUCACAAACCCGUCAUUCGUGCCCAUCGAGGAAGUCGAGGUGCGCGAGACCGAGAUCAUCCGGUUACGUGAGGGCUGGGAGCGAAUGGAAGCGCGCUGGAAGGAUGCUGUGCGGAUGAUGGAUGGUUGGCGGAGACGUAUGGUUUCCAGCGGCAAGUCGGUCGACAUGGAGGAGCUUCAAAUGGGACUGCGCCUGAGUCCGGUGCGCAUGAAGGAUAUUGACGAGCCUAUGGAAGACCAGGACAUGCAUUACCAGGAGCUAUCGUGCGUUCAAGAGGAGGACGAGGACGUGUCGCAACUUGGACCUCCUCAGUCACCAAGCCCCGCCGAGUCGCUGCAUCUCGUGCCAGCACCGGGCUAUGAGGCCGAAGAAGAACACGAAGACUCGGACUCCAGCAUAUUUCAGGAUGACGUAGACAUGGACGACCUGGAAAGCGAGGAGCCCAACAUCCAGAUCCUCCAGCAAUCAAACGGCUCCUCGAUGGCUACCUCAAUCAUGGCCAACUCGAUGGACUCGCCACCCCUUCCGAUUCCACCUCAGCUGAGCCCCUUGAAAGACUCCUACUCGUCAGGCAAUCGCCGAAAACGGCGCGGAGAUUUUACUACGAUUGUGGAAGAGAGGACACUCGAGAUCGAAGCUGCUGCUGCUGCUCGCGAAGCGCCUGAACCUCCGCCCCAUCGAAUUAAGCCGGGGUCGCCCCAUCUGUCUCUGAAGGUACCUGAGCCACAGGAGCAACUUCGACCCUCGUCAAUCAACUCUUCCGACAGCACCUUGUUCGGAGACAUCUACGAGUCUCCGAUCCGGUCAAACCCCUCUCGUCUCUUGUUCUCCAAACCAUCACCGGCAGCUUCGCCUACGGCUGAGAAGCCGGACCCCUUACAGGCAAGGCCCCCGAGGUCCCAUCCAGAACCAGUGGUCAGGCCCUCACAGGCGAAGAAACCCGACGACGCAUCGAAAGCGGUGUCACCCACAGGGACGGCUCAGCCAACAUCCUCGAGGAACCCUCCGCAAAGGACAGCCUCAGCGCCAGAUCCGGCUACCGACAAGCCUGCACGGCAUGAGGACAAGGCCCCGUCAAAGUCCACCAGUACAGCCCGGAACAGGUCACCUGUUCGGCCACCAGUCAACUCACGAUUGCCGCGGCGCAAUGCGCCCGCAGUUGAGCAAAGCCCCAUCACCAUCGCGACGAUCCAGGCCAAGCUGGCAGCCUCAGAACGUGAUGCCGACGCAGCGCGCGUGCGUGCCAAGCUCAAAGCGGCACGAAUGGGUCGAAAGCAGACCCCAGUGCCUUCUUCACAGCCAACAUCGGUGCCAGAGGAGGAUACCGACCCGGUAAAGAAGGACAUGCCGGCAGCGGUGGAUCCCAAUGAAGACGAACUUUCCAGGCCGGCCGAACCGCCACAAGGAACUCCUGUCCAUCUGAGACCAGUAGAGAAGCGGAGGCGUGAAAGACGUACUAGCAAGGUCGUCUCAAGGCGGCGAAGCACGCUGAGCCCUUGGGAGCUGGAGAGCUUGAUUCAUGGGAGCGUGGAUGUCCCGAGUCCUGUCCGGUGA